AAAAAAAGAGAAGAUACUAACUCGUUGGAGCAGUCAAAACUUCGACUAAAGUUCUCUAUCGACCUCGGCGGCAUGUUUUCCUCCCUCCCUAGCUCUGGUUUUCCUCCCUAGCCCAUCUUCUCAGGAGCUUUAGGGAAAGCCUGCCCAGCAUGACCGAUUCAAAACGCAGAAACUAUAUAUCUGAAUGAUAUAGCUCUCCUCCCCAUUAAGGCAUCCUUCGCCCAACCCAUUUAUCAAGCAUCAACCAUGCCUUGUAGAAUCCCCUCAUCACCUCCUCCCCUCCUCAUCUUCCUCCUCUUCCUCCUAUCCCUCCACAUCACCCCCAAUGCUUACCCUGGGAACAAAACCCAGACCCAAUUCUGUCCGAACUUGACCUGCGGCAAACAGGUUAUCGCUUACCCAUUCUGGGUAGCUCAGAAUCUAUCCACCAACCCUUCCACCUACUGUGGGUACCCGGGAUUUGUGCUGAUUUGCCAAGAUGACACCCCAAUCCUUUCUCUCGGCUUCAACAAUUAUACCGUGACCGACAUCGAUUACCACAACCAAACCAUCUCCCUUGCCGACACGGAUGUCCUCGCCGCCGGAACCUGCCCGAGGCCCCGGCACAACCUCACCCUCAUGGAUCCCUUUUUCCUGAACUACACCUCCUUGGACACCAGCGCCACCCUCAUGAACCCCUUCUUCCUGAACUACACCUCCUACCUGAACUACACCUCCUUGGACACCAACCUCACCUUCUUUCUCGACUGCUCCGACGGUCCACCGGACCACCGAAUAACCUGCCUUUCCGGAAGCAGCGGUAACUCGUCUUACAUCUUCACCGACGAUGAUUUGUCGGUCAUCAACGAAUACGAUUUGGUCCGGCAGUGCCAAGAUAUUGUGGUGGCGCCGGUCCUCUCUCAGGAGGCGAACGGGGGAAACUUGAGCGCUUUGUCUAGUGACUUUGGAGGGGUGUUGAAGAAAGGCUUCCAGCUGGGCUGGUCUAACGAGAUCUCGGAAAAGUGCGAUCGCUGCGAGCUCUCUGGCGGGCGCUGCGGGUACCGGACAACCAACACGAGUUUGUCCCUCGCCUGCUUUUGCUCCAACGUAGUGACCGACGGCCAUUGCGGAAAUCACAAUUCGAGGAAGAAGGGAAUCAUGAUAGGUGCCUUUGCUGCCGCAGCAGGAUUAUCUCUGGGGUUCUUAUUCCUUAUAGUCUAUCUUCUUCGUUACAGAAAGUCUCACUCAAAGAAUGCGCAAAGUGUUAAAGACUUGCUACAUAUAAAUGAAUCUGUGGUGCUAAAAAGGUACAAGUAUUCAGAAAUUAAGAGGAUGACCAAAUCCUUUAGUCACAAGUUAGGGCAAGGUGGUUAUGGUAAUGUGUUCAAGGGUAAUCUCUCUAAUGGCCGUCUGGUAGCUGUGAAAGUCUUAUGUGAGUCCAAAGGCAAUGACGAGGAAUUUGUCAAUGAGGUAGUUAGCAUUGGCAGAACUUCCCAUGUAAACAUUGUUUGUCUGCUAGGCUUCUGUUUAGAGGGGUCGAAGAGAGCGCUUGUUUAUGAAUUCAUGCCAAAUGGAUCACUCGAGAAAUUUAUAUACACGGAGAUACCAAGUGCAAAGAUUAAACUUGGUUGGGAAAAAUUAUAUGAGAUCACAGUUGGUAUUGCUCGAGGACUAGAGUACUUGCAUCGUGGGUGUAACACUCGCAUAGUACAUUUUGAUAUCAAGCCUCACAAUAUCCUACUAGACCAAGAUUUUUGUCCGAAGAUUUCUGACUUUGGGUUGGCAAAAUUAUGCCCUCCGAAAGAGAGCAUAAUUUCAGUAGUCGGUGCAAGGGGAACGGUUGGGUACAUUGCCCCUGAAGUCUUCUCUAGAAAUUUUGGAGUUGUCUCCAACAAGUCUGAUGUUUAUAGUUAUGGAAUGAUGGUGCUAGAAAUGGUCGGUGGACGUAAAAAUAUAGAUGCACAGAAUACUAGUGAAAUUUUUUUUCCACACUGGGUUCAUGACAAUUUCGAUCAAUAUGAUACCCUAGAAGCUUGUGGAGUGACUAGUGAGACUGAAGAGAUUGCUAAAAAGAUGAUAAUAGUUGGGUUGUGGUGCAUACAAAUGCUGCCUGCAGAUCGACCUUCAAUAAGUAGAGUAGUGAAUAUGUUGGAAGGAAGCAUCAGUGACUUGCAAAUGCCACUAAAACCAUAGUUCAUUUCCGUUUUAGAAUCAUCAAUAAUUCUAAUGUUUCAAUAGCCUGUAUUCUUUGUGGUGCAAAACUCUUUGUACAUUUUGGCUCUAUUAAAUAAUAAUCUCUAGGCUCAUAUUUAAGCUGCCAUGAAAUAACAUGGUUAAUCUCAUUUACUUUGCUGCUUCUAUUGUUGCAAUAAGUAUAUAUUAUAUUAUAUUAAGUAAAUGGAUCUUAAUAUUGUCUUUUGAAGCCUUGUGUUUAGAAG